GGAAAAGACAAUAUAAUGAUUUCAUAUGUUAAAAAAUUGUUAUUGUAUUUUUCGGGCGGCAUACCUUUCGGGCAUUGUAAAGAUAUUAAUACAUAAAUACAAAUAGAAGAAAUAUCCUAUGAAACAAAUUAUUAGAAAAGAGACGGUCGUCAUUGUGGCGGGAAAAUUGGCAGAAUAUUCAAAAGUCAAGAGACUAAUGAAAGCAGAUUUCGAAUAUCAAAAUAAACCAUCUUUGGAAGGAUCAAAUUGGUAUAUUAAUGCAUUAUUUUGUAGUGAUCAAAUAAGAAAGAUAAAAUAUAUGGAAAUUCACUUAGAGUGAUAUAAAAAUGGUUUUGAAGAAUUCAGGAAGAUAUGUGGCCGAUAAAAAGGAUGAAACUCCUGGCAGAUCUGGAGGUUUAACAUCUGAAAGAGAAGAAACUUCCGAAUAUAGAUUACGAUUGUCUCUGGAGAAUGAAGCUAUCGAUGCCAAAUAUGGUUUUGAAAGGCUUGCAGAUUGCCAAGAACAUACCGGGUUUUUACUCAACAUGCAUUCUACAGAAAUAUUGGACGAGGAUAAAAGAUUAAUAUCUGCUGUUGAUUUUUAUUUCAUUGAAGAGGAUGGUACAAGAUUCAAAGUUUCUUAUGCUUUCAUGCCAUAUUUUUAUAUACUUACUAAAAGGGAGCACAUCAAUGAAAUAAGUCAAUUUCUCAUGAAAAAAUAUGGAGGCACUAUUUCUGGAUGUAAUGUCGUGGAAAAAGAAGAUUUAGAUUUACAAAACCAUUUAAUAGGAUUGAAGCAAAAAUAUAUAAAGCUCUCAUUUGCAAAUCAAACUGAUUUGAUCAAAGUUAGAAAAGACAUACUUAAGAACGUACGUAAAAACAGAGUCAAAAGUGAUGAAAAUACUUUUUACACAGAAAUGUUAACCGAAUCAUUGGUCAAUGUACAAACUGACACUAUGAAAAGUAAGGGAGAUCCAAUGGAGAAUAUAAUAGAUAUAAGAGAAUAUGAUGUACCAUAUCAUGUUAGAGUUUCUAUAGAUUUGAAGAUAUUUUGUGGAUCAUGGUAUACAGUUAAAUGUAAAGGAGCCUCCACAGAUCCACCUAGCAUUAAGCUGAGAAGUGAUAUUAUUGAACGUCCAGAGCCUAUAGUUUUAGCCUAUGAUAUUGAGACAACAAAGCUGCCACUCAAAUUUCCUGAUGCUAACAGUGAUCAAAUUAUGAUGAUAUCUUACAUGAUUGAUGGUCAAGGUUUUCUCAUAACGAAUCGAGAAAUACUAUCAUCUGAUAUCGAUGAUUUUGAAUACACACCAAAACCUGAAUAUGAAGGAAAAUUCACCAUAUUCAAUGAAGUCAAUGAAAAAGCACUCAUAACAAAGUUUUUUGAGCAUAUUAUGGAUAUUCGACCACAUAUUUUUGUUACUUACAAUGGAGAUUUCUUUGACUGGCCCUUUUUAGAAACCAGAGCAGCUGUUUAUAAUAUGGAUAUGAAAACUGAAAUAGGUUUCAGUCGAAAUAAGGAAGAUAUAUAUGUAUGCAGACCUGCAAUGCAUAUGGAUUGCCUGUGUUGGGUAAAAAGAGAUUCUUAUUUACCUGUGGGAUCUCAAAAUUUAAAAGCGGUGGCCAAAGCAAAACUCAGAUACGAUCCUGUAGAGUUAGAUCCCGAAGAAAUGUGUCCCUUAGCUGCUUCAGCACCCCAAGUUCUUUCUAAUUAUUCUGUAUCUGAUGCAGUGGCCACAUACUAUCUAUACAUGCAAUAUGUUCAUCCUUUUAUAUUUGCAUUGUGUACAAUUAUACCCUGUGAACCAGAUGAAGUACUCAGAAAAGGAUCCGGCACACUUUGCGAAGCUCUUCUCAUGGUGGAAGCCUUCCAUGCAAACAUAGUAUUUCCAAACAAAGAGGAAACAGUGUUGAAUAAGUUAACUGAAGAUGGUCAUGUGUUGCACCAAGAAACAUACGUAGGAGGUCACGUGGAAGCGUUAGAAUCUGGAGUGUUUCGUGCAGAUAUACCUUGCAGAUUCAAACUGGUGCCCGAUGCAAUAGAUACUCUUAUACAGAAAGUAACACAUACCCUUCAGCACGCAAUUGAAGUAGAGGAAGGCGUUGCGAUUGAGAAAGUAUUGAAUUUAGACGAAGUGAAAAAUGAAAUUGUAAAUAAGCUCACAGCCUUGAAGGAGCGUCCAAUGAGGCUGGAGAGACCCUUGAUUUAUCACUUAGAUGUUGGUGCCAUGUACCCAAAUAUUAUUUUAACAAAUAGGCUCCAACCAUGUGCUAUGGUCAAUGAAACAAUUUGUGCAGCUUGUGACUUCAACAAACCUAAUGCUAAAUGUCAGAGAAAUAUGGCUUGGAUGAGUCGAGCUGAAUAUAUGCCUGCUACAAGAAAUGAAUACCAAAGAAUACAACAGCAGUUAGAAACAGAAAAAUUCCCGUCCAUAGUUCCUGGAGGUCCCAAAAGAGCAUUUCAUCAAUUGUCUAAACAAGAGCAAGCCGAUUUGGAGAAAAAGAGACUUUUAAUAUAUUGUAGAAAAGUCUACAAAAAGCAGAAAGUCACUAGAGUGGAAGAAAAAACCACUACUAUUUGCCAAAAAGAAAAUUCUUUCUAUGUUGAUACCGUAAGAGCUUUCAGAGACAGAAGGUAUGAGUACAAAGGUUUAUCGAAGAAGGCGAAGGCUGCUGUCUCUGCUGCUAUUAAAGGUGGAAAUGCUUCAGAAAUUAAAUCUGCAAAAAACAGAGAAGUUUUAUAUGAUUCAUUACAAUUAGCUCACAAAUGUAUAUUGAAUUCAUUUUAUGGAUAUGUAAUGAGAAGAGGGGCCCGCUGGCAUAGUAUGGAAAUGGCAGGAAUUGUAUGUUACACAGGCGCACACAUAAUUAUGAGAGCAAGAGAAAUCAUUGAAAGGGUAGGAAGACCGCUAGAAUUAGAUACUGAUGGUAUUUGGUGUGUACUUCCAGCAUCAUUCCCAGAAAAUUUGGUGGUGCACACAAAUGAUGAAAAAAAGAAAAAACUCAUCAUUUCUUACCCGAAUGCCGUUUUGAAUUCGAUGGUGAAGGAAUAUUUCACCAACGACCAGUAUCACGAGUUAGUUGAUCCUUCCACAAUGGAAUAUAAGUUGAGAGAAGAAAAUUCCAUUUUCUUUGAAGUUGAUGGACCUUACAAAGCCAUGGUGCUGCCAGCUUCAAAAGAGGAAGGAAAGAAAUUGAAGAAACGUUAUGCAGUUUUCAAUUUUGAUGGUUCAUUAGCUGAAUUAAAAGGAUUCGAAAUAAAAAGAAGAGGAGAGCUCCAAUUAAUUAAAAAUUUUCAAUCCUCAGUUUUCGAAGCUUUCCUAAAAGGUGAUACUUUGGAAACCUGCUAUGCGUCUGUUGCACAAGUUGCCGAUUAUUGGUUAGAUGUGCUGUUUUCUCAUGGUAGGAACAUGCCAGAUAGUGAACUUUUCGAUCUCAUCUCUGAAAAUAGAUCGAUGUCCAAGAAAUUAGAGGAAUAUGGAACACAAAAAAGUACUUCGAUUAGUACUGCCAAAAGGUUGGCAGAGUUCUUAGGAGACCAAAUGGUUAAAGAUGCCGGGUUAGCUUGUAAAUAUAUAAUUUCAAAAAAACCAAAUGGAGCUCCUGUAACUGAAAGGGCUAUACCUCUAGCUAUAUUCCAAGCUGAAGAUAGCGUUCAAAAGCACUACCUUAGAAAAUGGCUCAAAGAUAGCUCUAUAGAUACAGUUGACAUCCGUGACAUUUUGGAUUGGGGUUAUUAUAUAGAACGUUUAGGAGGCGCCAUUCAAAAAAUUAUCACUAUUCCAGCAGCUAUGCAAGGAGUCCCCAAUCCUGUUCCAAGAGUUAGACAUCCUGAUUGGCUGCAUAAGAAAAUGUUGGAAAAAAACGAUAACUUCAAACAGCGAAGAAUAAAUGAGAUUUUCUCAGUUGCACCAAAAUCUAAUACAGUCGAUGAUGUCGAAGAUUUUGGAAAAAUGAAAGCUCCUCUUCAGAGAACUGUUGCUGUUGUAACCAAAAGAAAGAGACAGAGAGAAACAGAAUAUGAUGAAGAAGAAUUGAAUAAAACUUGGAGGGAAGUUUUGGGAAAUCCCCCCAAAUUCGGUAAUACGAUGGGAGAAAGAAGAGCUUGGUUAGCUUUCCAAAAGAAAAAGUGGGCAUUCCAGGCUUUCCAAAGAGAUAAUGGCCAGCAGUCAAAAAGAAUUAAAUCAGCAGCUAAUACAGCCCUGAGAUCAGGGGUGAAUAUUCAUAGUUUCAUACAAAGAGCUCAAAGAAAACUAUACAAUCUAUCUUGGCAAAUUGUGCAAGUAAUUGAAACAAACACGCCAGGAGAAUUUAAAUUAUGGGCUUUGGUUGAAAAUGAAUUGCAUUUACUCAAAAUGAGAGUUCCAAAAAUUUAUUAUGUUAAUUUGAGAAAACCGAAAGUUGCGGAAGAAGGAGACCUUUUUAAAAAAUGUACCCGAAUUCUUCCAAGAUCUAGGCCAGUAUAUAAUUUGUAUAGGUAUUCAGUACCUGAAGAAUUGUAUAGAAAGCAUGAAAAAGAUGUAAUCUUGGAUUUAUCGGAUCCAAAUGUUGAAGGACUAUACGAAACACAAGUUCCAUCGAUGUUUAGGGUUCUUACUCAAAUUGGAGCAGUUUGUAAACUGAGAAGAGGAAUCAUUAAUACAGAUGUUUUUGAUUUAGAAGACCUCGAUAUGCUAAAUACCUCAAAGGGUGCUUAUUUACCCAAGGAUUCCUUGAAACAUAUCUAUUUUUAUCAGCAUAGACAUCCUACCAAAAAGCAACAAAUAUUUGGGUUAUUCAUCUCGCCCCUUAAAAAAGCAUUAACUAUAGUUGUUGACACCGUAAGAACGAAUUUGAUGCCGAAUAUGAAUAAUUUGUAUGAGGCUGAAAGAAUAGUGAAGCAGGAUAAAAAUCCGAAUGAUGACCAUCUUCCACCCACUGGGAUUCAGUUCGAAGUUAGGGUAGAAACAGACUUGAAUGUAGUUUAUAAAUUACUGCAUAAAGCAUUACAAGGUUAUAAGGAUGAGAAACGUGGACCAACUUUGCUUGCCAUCCAAUCUACAACUAGUAUUAGUACUCUUUGCACUAGCAUUCCUGCUCUAUCAGAAUUUCCACAAUGUCAAAUACAUAUACAGGAUUUAGAUGAUCUUUACAAUGUACUAGAAUGGCAGAAAGUAGGUGCUAAAGCCUUAAUUCGAAAUUACCUCAACAGUGAAAGAGUCAUUGAAUUAAUGACAGAACAAUGCAGAUACUUUUUAUUACCCAUAGGGAAUAUGCCUGCAGAUCCAGCAAUAUUCGGCUCUGAUUUAUUUUAUGCAAGGCAUCUUAUGCAUCAUAAUCACUUACUUUGGUGUUCACCUUCAGAUAAACCUGACUUGGGAGGUAGUCAAGAGAAUGAUGCAAGACUUCUCGCAGAUAAUCAAGAAACGUCCAGUGAAGUUUGCAAUAAGCCUGGAUGGUUUUCAACCAUGUGUAUUGAGCUCGAUAUUGAUGGUUUGGCAAUAAAUACUCUGCUACAAGCGCAUCAUGUAACAGAUAUAGAAGGUACAUCUUCAGUCAAUGCGUUUGAUGCAGUCAAUGCAGCAUCUUUGGAUGAUCUAGUUGGAGGACACCAAAAUAGCUACGAUGAAACUAGUAGGUGUGCCGAAGCUUUCAAGAUUUUGAGAGGAAUGGCUAUAUUGUGGAUGAGAGAUAUAUCAAUGUAUAAAAAUGUUUAUGCAGAUUUUCAAGUUAUUCACUUUUAUAGAUGGUUAAGAUCACCUAAAGCUCUUCUUCACGACCCAGCAUUAUUAAGAACUCUACAGAACUUAAUGAAAAAGCUAUUUCUUCAACUUGUUGCUGAAUUGAAGAGAUUGGGUUGUACAAUAAUAUAUGCUAAUUUCAAUAAAAUAGUUAUUUGUACCAAAAAAAGAAAUGUUGAAGAUGCAGUGGGAAAUAUUGAAUUUGUGGUUGCUUCAAUAAGGAAUAAAGAAUUAUUUCAUUCACUUGAAAUAACAUUUAGGCAAUGCUGGGAACAUCUUGUUUGGCUAGAUACUGCAAAUUAUGCUGGAAUACAAGGAAAAUUAUGUGAGAAUUUACAAAAUGAUGAUGUUGAAAAUUCGGAAAAUGCUGAAAAUGAAGAAGAAGAGGAAGAAGGGGCUGUAGUUAUGAUGAAUUGGAAUAUUGCCGAACAACUUCCUGAAAAAGCUGGUUGUAGAGAAAGUUUCAAAACAGUCGUAGCAGGUUAUAUAGAUGCCAUCUAUCAAAGAUUGAAAUCAAGCAAUAAUACCACUAUGGUAGCACCUGUGUUCAGUCAACCUUACAAUGGGUUAUCUGCCCAUGAAGAUGUAGCAAAUUACGCCAAAGACUUGAUCAACAAUGAAAUAAGCCAAUCUCUUUUUAAAAUUACAGAAAAGAUGAACCGAAUCCUUCCUUCCACUCCAGAUGGAAAAUUUCCAGCAUUAGAUUAUGUUAAAUCUAUUUGUCAUAUUUUGGAUUUAGAUCCUAGCAUUAGAGAAGCUGUGCUGAAUUUGAAGAGUAAUUUAUUCAGGCUAUUAGGUGUGGGAGAAUUUUCUGACAAAGCCACUUGGAAAGAUCAUAAUGUUUCUUACAUAAUACCGCAAGUAAUAUGUAAAGCUUGCAAUCACUGUAGGGACUUGGAUCUUGGAAGAGAUCCAUAUAGAUCAGAGCAUGCCUGGUUAUGCCCUCUAUGUAAUACACCUUAUGAUAAUGGUGAAAUUGAAAAUUUACUAUUGGACAUAGUCAAUCGAAAAUUUUUAGCUUAUAAUCUUCAAGAUUUGCAAUGUAAAAAAUGUGCUCAGAUAAAAUUGGAAAAUUUAUUGAGGUACUGUUCAUGUUCCUCUGAAUUUAAAUGCUUAAUAUCAAGAGAAGACUUGAUAAAACUCAUGGAAACAUUCAAAACUCUAGCUGAAACUUUCGAUAUGCCAGCCCUACAAGAAACCAUGGAGCAAUCUUUAAAAUUAUGUUGAGAGGAAAAAUAAAUUACUGAUUAUUAUGUAA